GUACCAUAUGGCGCAAUACUUUUGACAAAAGUCAGAGUAAAAGAUGGUGUAAUCAGGAAGCUGAUAUCAACUUAUCCCAUAAUAAAUCUCAAGCAAUAGCUCCAAAAGCUAUUCCAGCAACUGGGAUUUGA